GCUGUUGAGGUUUACUUUUAUCUUUGAUCGUCCACCGUCUGUCGCUGACCGUAUAUCAUCUAAUACUUUCGCUUCAAACCUUCCGUCAACAAACACCAUCAACAUGCGUUCCGUCUUCGCCCUCAGCAUCGCCGCCUUCACUGGCCUGGUCGCUGCUCAAGACACUCCCCAGCAGAACUACCCAUACACCAUCGACCCCGACACGGUCGAGCAGUCUACUAGGGAUUACUGGUGUGACCAGAACAGGGCCCAAUGCCCGCUCAUUUGCCUUCAACAGCCCGGCAUCAACUCCAUGACUACCGAGCAGAACGACUGCGACUCUGACGCUCUGACCUACACUUGCGUCUGUGAGAACGGUGUUGCGCCCAACAUCACAGAGUACUCCCAGACACUGCCAUACUUCAUCUGCCAACAAUGGGGAAACACUUGCGUCGAGAACUGCAACGGUGACAACUCCUGCCAGAGCGCUUGCCGUGAGGACCACCCUUGCGGAGCUCAAGACCCGUACCGCGGCAACACCUCUCUCCCCACCACCAUGGCCUCCACCGCCGCCGCCACUGGCACCGACGGUUCCGCCUCAAACACCAUCCCCGUCACUGGCUUCGGUGGUGCCUCUGAGACCGGCUCCAGCGACAGCAACAACAACGGUGGCUCCAACGACCAAGGCGGCGCUGGCUCCAUCUUCAUGCCCAACGCCGGCCUCGGUCUCGCCGCCGUCUUCGGCAGCGUCUUCCUCGGCUUCGCCGUCCUCUUGUAAAAUCCAGGACUACAAUCUCGCCGCGCAAUCUAAGCUUCGUCCAUCUUCUGUCCUUUCUUCAUGCAUAGCGUCUUUCUGCAUAAAAAGCUUCACCAGUCCUUUCGGUUAGCUCGAUACCCAGCUUGGGGCUUUUCGCUCAUUUUACAUGACAGCCUGGCAAGGCCCGUCUUUUGGUUACACUGCAUGGGGUUUAUGGCGUAUAU